AUGGUGGUGGCAGCAGUGACCACGAAGAAGGAACUCGCAGAUGAGAGUCCUACUGCCCAUCCUCCAAACCGAGAGUCUCAGACAUUGGACAGAUUAAGGAAGUGGGUUUAUGCUCCAGCGACCAUUGUCAUACAGUCGUUGAAGGACACGGCAAACACAGUAAAGGAGAAGUUUGGGAAGAAAUUGUAUGAAUCCCUCUUGGUAGGCAAGCUUCCCGACAUGAACAAGAUGUUGGAUAAAGAAGACUUCACCAUGAUGAAGAGGGCCAUUUUUGCAACACAGCGUCAAUCAUUACCCCCUGUAUGUAGCCAUAACAUGCUAGAUGAUGCAACAGAUCCAAUCUUGAACACCAUUCGUAGAGUUGGUCUCUUUAAUGGGAGCAGUGACCGAGUAAAGGUUAUUUUCCAUCCAGAGUUCCUGUCUUCUACAAGCCCACUGCUUCCUUUAGAUUAUGAAGAAUUUGUGCGUGGCUGCCACUUGGGUGCAUUUCCUUCUUACUAUGAGCCCUGGGGCUACACUCCUGCUGAGUGUACAGUAAUGGGGAUUCCAAGCAUCUCUACAAAUCUUUCUGGAUUUGGUUGUUUCAUGGACGAGCAUAUUGCUGACCCUACUUCUUAUGGCAUUUACAUCCUUGAUCGACGUUACCGGGGUCUUGAUGAAUCUUGUAACCAACUAACAUCCUUCCUGUAUAGCUUCUGCCAGCAAACUCGUCGACAGCGAAUAAUCCAGAGAAACCGCACAGAACGACUGUCUGAUCUUCUAGACUGGAAAUAUUUGGGAAGGUACUACACAUACAGUCGUCAUAUGGCAUUAGCAAAAGCUUUUCCUGACAAUUUCACCUAUGAACCUCAUGAGCCGACAGCAGCUCAGGGGUUCCGUUACCCACGUCCUGCUUCAGUGCCUCCCUCACCGUCCAUCUCACGCCACUCUAGCCCUCAUCAUAGUGAGACAGAGGAAGAUGAAGAACGUUAUGAUGAAGAGGAGGAGGCUGAAAAAGACCGGCAGAACAUUAAACAGCCAGAGGUUGCAGGCACAGUUCCAGAGUGGCGCAGGCGCUCUAAAAAGGGCUCUAUUGAUGCCAGCAAUGCAAGUACAACCAGCACAGCAAGCAUUGCCAGCACCACAAGCACACCUAGUGGGAACAGCAGCCCUACUAGUUCUCUUGUUGAAGAAAGAAACUAGGUGAAAAGACUGUGUAUGCUGUUCAGCACAUGUCUUGGCACUGAGGUUUUGAUUUCAAGCAGGAGGGUUAGAAUUAAAGGGAAGGCCCAAAAUUACUUCUCAGGCAACGGUGGUGUUCAAGUUUCUCUGAUUCAAUUUUCAGAAACUUAAUUCACAAGGCUUCCAGUUAAACAACUCAACCUUCAUUUGUUAGAUAUGCAGUAGCAUAAACCAGAUCAAGAGGAAAUUGAUGUGUGAUGAACCCAGGCUCUCCAGUAGUCUUCCAUUUGUUUCUUGCCUUUUUCUGUUGUAUUACCUCCAGAAAUAUUCUUGAUGAGAUGGAGCACAUUUUUCUUAAAUGCUUGCUGCUGUUUGGAAUUGUUUGCAUGCAUUUACUGAAGAGACUGCUAGAAGAGUAGCUGUUUACAAAUGUUUCCUUUCAUGUAGUCCCCCUCCACUACAAACCCUUCAUCUCCACAUCCCUUCCCCUGCUUUUGUUACUGUAACAUAUAAUGUAAUAGAGCACCGUUUGGAUCAACAGAUCUCUUGUUCAGCUCAGACCUAUACUGUAUAAAUACUGUAUUUUUAACAUUGGUGUCUGUUACCCCAAGUGAGGACUAGUUUGUGGCCCAAGCUCCGGAAAAAAAUAUUUCCGAUUGUGUUUUACCUUUUGUAGGGAACCUAUCGUGGGCCACAUGAGUACCUCAUGCUUUCAGGCACAGAUCAUUUUUGUAUGCACUGUUUAAUUAUUGCCUGGAGCUAUAGAUUUUAAAUGAUUGUUUGCCUUUGCAAAAUCUUUUUCUAGUAUAAAUGAUUGUGUUGUGAAAGUAGUGGUUUUUCAUUACAUUCUGCUUUCAUCAUUGUACUGUACUUAUGCUAAAACUGGUGUGUGUUUAAAAAAUGCACUUAUCCCAUGUUGCGGUGGGAUAUGGAUGAAAGAAAUGCAGGAUAACAGCAACAUUGGGUUUGGAGGGGUCCAGCUGUUUGAAAGGAAACAUUUAGGACAGUAGAGUAAGAGGAUUUAUAUCUUCAAUAGUUAUUUCUCCUCAGUGGUUGUGGUUUAUGGUUUACACUUUUAACAUGAAGUAUGGGAGGAGCAAAAGAAAAUAUUUUUUACAAAGGCAAUCUGAUGCAGAAUGGUUUACAUAUCCAAUUUCUAAGCUUAUGUUCUUCCCCUUUCUAAUGGUAAUCAAGAGCUAGGCUGUAUUCCUUGGACCAUUCUUGUAAGGGCCAGUUUUGUUGGUGCAAUUAAUUAGGUGCUGUAUCCUCUAAAACCAUACAGACACUGAUACAGACGUUGCAGAAAUUUGCUUGAAAUAGGGGUAUAUGCAAGCCAAUUAUUAAGACUGAUAUUUCAAUUUGCAAUCAUCUUGAAAAUUUACUCCAAGUCUGACAACUUUAAUAGACUUUUAGCUGUAAUUCACAUAUAAAUUGAAAUCUUGGAUCAGUAUAUUUCUGCUCUGUAGUUUAGAUUUCCUUCCUCUGAGAGCUUGCUACACUAACAAAAAUCUGUUGCUCUCUUGGGUGGUGUAUUUAUAUUUGCUUUUAAAAAAUCCUUUCCUGUAUGGGCUAAUAUUCAAGUUACUCCUCCUUGACUAGGCUUUUAGUACAUUUUAGUCUGUUUCUGAUUUGUGUCCUAAUAGAAUUCUUUAGUAAAGGCAUCAACGUGUUGCAUUUUUGUACACUGUCUUUUACUAUAGGAUGGCCAAAAUAUGCUUAUACAACAAAGUAGGUUGUUUUUAAUAGUUUCGGUUUGGUCCCUGUACCCAGUGCAUAUGCAGAAAUUUAGCAAAAAACUUGUGAUAAACAAUAUUGUUGAAGUAAGUUUUAGGCAUACAUCUGAAGCACAUGGAAAGGUAUUUGACAGGCCAUUCCUUCAGAGUUGCAGUGGACAAGGCAGUAAAUCCAUACAAUAUAACCUACCUCAGGUUUUGAGCUCCCAGUGCCAUGAUCCAUUCAGACAUGAGUGUUCUGAUGUGGUAGUCCAAGUGUUUGUGGUCCCCUUUUGUCAGGAUCUGUAUGCAUGUGACUUGACCCAUGCUUACUAGGUCUGUAAAUCUGCCUUUGUAAAACUGUAAAGAUGCAAAUUCCCUUGUAUUGAGCACCACUGUAUAUGUUUGUACAGAUGCAAAUUCCCCUUUAUCGGAAUUUGCAUACCCUAACAGGUGCUCUCUUUGUUAGUAUCUUUAAAUGUGUCACUCAGGGUCUGUAAUCAUUACAGUUCGUGUAUGAGUGAGUGUUGUUGCCAGGGUUUACUUAAAUGUGGAUGAUAGCAUCUUGUCCCCCCCCCCCUUUGCAUUAAUUACAGUGUUUAGUUAACUCUUUCGAUUACCUUUCGCCAUGUCUGUACACUGAAAGACAUAACGGUUUCUGUACUUGUGUUGAAGUCUUCAGUGUUAGAGGCUGUUUCAUAUUUUCGGGUGAGCAAUAAGUGGUACUACACACAUGAAAUGAAAAUGCUGCUUUAAAUCAUGCAAACAUAUAAAAAAAUUACUUGAGCGUUUCUGCAUCAGCCAAGUGUUACCAUAAUGACAUCUAACUUGUUCAGACUGUAUAAGCAGCCUCUAAGUUAAACCUCUAAAACUGAUCUUACACACAUUGGGGCUGCUUUUCCUGAUGUUGCCCAAGUAUUCCAUGAGACACUGCAAGAGUCUACUUGUGUUUCAUUGAUAACAUUGGCUCCAGUAUUUAGGUGAAUGUUUCCCUCUUAGAAGGGAGGGUCUGUAUUUGUCAUAAUAGGGAGAUGUUUAUUCAUAUGUUUACAGUUGCAGUCCCCCAUGUUUUGCCUAUAAAAAGGUGCUUUUCAGUUUUAUUUAAUAUGUGGUGCUAGAAUCUUUAUGGUUUGAAUAUUACAGUUUGUCCGUAUAUGUCUAGGUGUAAAGGAACUGUCUGAGAACAGAAUUCUUCCCUCCCCUACCACCACCACCAGCAAUUACUGCUUUGGAAUAUGUAGUGAGUUAAACGGUAUCCCUGGUCAGUUUGAGUCUUCAGUCCCUGCCUCUUAAUAUUGCAGAAAACAUCAACAUCAGUCUGAAGAAAGAUUAUAUUGCAUGCAUAUAAAACAGGUGAAUCCAGGAGAUGACAUGCCCUAACAAAGCCUACAAUUGUGGUGCUGUAUACUACAGUCUGUGGUACCAUGCCAAACUUGAUAGAGAUACUUGGUUACCUAGGAAUAAGACUCGUACAUGACAAUGUUCAUCUGAACCCUCCUAAUCCAUUCUUGUCUUUGGGCAGAAAUGCUACAGAAGCUAACAGAUGUGAUUUGUAUUCUGCUAUAAAAACAUUUUUCAGAGCUUCACUUUGUAUAGUGGGUCCUUUUUUUUUUACUUCCCCUAGAGUUGAAAAUGUGGCUGCAGGUUCAUGAGUUUUUAACCUUGUCUUGCAUAUAUUUAGUAAGGUUGCUGUUUACGUUACCUGUAUGCAUUGGUGAAAAAGAGAGAGCUCAUAACUAAAGAUGUACAUAAAACUGUCACAGAAUAGUUAAAUACAGUGCCAGGUUCACUGAUUUACCUCUACAUAUCCUGUCAACAUUUCUGUUUUGUGUACUCCUAGGAUUUAGAUUUCACUGUUUAAUUAUUGCCAGCUCAAGUAACUGGCAGAUAGUAUUGUGCCUCUUAUAAGGGCAACACUGAUAUUCUAAUUUACCAUUUCCACUACCUCUUUGGGAUUUCUAGAUUGCUAGUUUCAGAAGUACAUUUCCUUUGACCACACCUUAUUCUCGUUGACUCUUGAGCAUUUCUGACUGAACUCUUCUGUACUUUGAUACUUGCAGUAAAAAAGUAUGAUACUGUGUUUGAGUAGUUGUCACUUGUUGUUGGAAGUUAUUUUUAGGGACUUUGUGCUUUGUCAUCGGGGUUACAUUUGUAACUUGGCAGUGUGUCAAGUGAUCACAACAGUUAACAUUGGAAUGCCAUACAUCCUCCAUUGUGUAGUGGGAAGCUUGCAGGUACAAGAGCUAGUUUUCACGUUUUAUACUUGUCCUAGUAUACCAAGAUUUGGCUUUGGUCAAAUGCUGCUCUGAAUUUUAUUGCUCAAGAAGAGUAUUCAGAUGUGUGCAGGCAUUUUGCUCUGUGGUCAUCAUUCAUCUAGAGUAAUCUCCAUGUGCAUUAUUCAGCCACUUGGUGUAUUGUUGAUUCUUCCAGCGUAUUACUUUAACACCUUAGUGUUUAAUCUCUGGUCUAAAUUGCUAAUAUGCAACUAGUUCUGCAGAUGUCUGAGAUGCUGCUUAAAUGAUUAGACAGGUAGAAGGUAUUCGUGUAUGACACACAAGUACACCUUUUGCUUCUGAACUUCUGGAUAAAGCACACCUGAUUAACUGCUGCCUCUUGUGCAAGUUGCAUCUAAUGGAUCACCUUCCCUGCCCUUCUUGCCUUUUUUACACCAUUUUUGCAUUAUGCUGUGCUGCUAGUUUUAAUAAAAGUGGAAUGCUAACUGCAUUGCUGCUUUCAAAAGUGAAGCACCCUGUCACUUUGUAAUACAGAUGGUUAAAGCUCAUUUGUUUGCUCUUUUGCAUGGUUAACAUUUUAAAAGUAUGUGAUUUUUUUUUAAAUAAAGGUAAAUUAAGACAUGUUUGCACUUAAACUGCAGUUCGUUUUUGCGCAUUGCUGAUUUCACUUUUAUUAGUUCUAUCAUUAAAAUAGUUUGACAGAAUGACCAUCA